CAUCCUGUUUCACCCCAAGCAUCGCCGACUCAAGCCUCGUUCUCUACGGCAAUCGACUCCGCUUGGUCGAAUUACAUACAGAGGACACCACUCUCGAGGUCAUCAGACCUAAUCUCGUUCUAGGACGGCCGUCCCGACUUGGGCCUGGCCGUGGCUCGUGGCAGCCUCAUGCAGGUAGACCGCACAAUCGAAAUCCGAGGGGACGAGAGGGUAGUGAGACAGCAGCGGAAGAAGCACAGCCGCGGGAUACUGCUAAUCAGCCAGCUGUUGAGAAAGGGUACCACCGAGGCAGCUGGAAAACCCGUGCAAUCUGUGGUUGCUGAUGAAGUUGAGCUCCUCGAAAAGGAUAGAGAGCAUGUUGAAGGCAUCCGAGAGGGAGCAUCGAAACGCGGGAAACGACAGCCUGCUGCUGCUGCUGCUGCUGCUUCAUCUGCUGCGGCGAAGAAGGCGAAGCGCAAGGGGGCGGACGCAGCUCUCUCCGACCCUCUAGCAUUGGCUCAUGAUGGCGGGACUAGAAGCGGUGCUACCCCAGAGACUUCGCGGGAGGAAGCGGUUGCGGAGGAGCGUCGCUCUAGCGCGAUGGAUUUGAUGCAGAACGACCCCGUGUUGAUGGAGCGAGUACGGGCCAUGCUGGAUGCUGGCGCGGAAGAGCAGGCAGCAGCUAACGUGGCUGCGAUCGACGCGGCCAACACUCGUGCACUCCCGCUCGCUGUAGCAGCCGGAGCGGGAGAGCACACGUGUACUGACACGAACGUGUGCCACCCCGGCCAGCGGUGCAAGCCCGUUGAGUCUGGCGGAGUGAGCCUUGCCGAGCGAGCCAACAGUCUCGGCAUUCGGCACGAGACUUUCAGCGACGCACGGCGGCGGAUGCACAACACGAACCACGACAUCGCCCCCAAGAUCGCUGCGAGUGAGGGAUGCUACGUGUACAACGAGCGCAAGACACGGAGUGACGUGACGAAUCCCGGGAACAGAGGAGGAGCAGGGGGAGGUGCAGGAUACCUGUAAUCUUGUGUGGGCUACUAGUGUGGGGGUGCAGACAGACGAUUUUGUGGUGGGAGCGGCCGGAGACAAGUUGUUGACGACUAGGAAGUGGGCGGUAGACGAGUUCAGGGCGAGGAAAUGGGCUGCCCCCAAGAAGUUCACCAGAUCUUGGAAGUUGCGGGUUCGGGGCGCAUCGUGCUACUGCUCGACUUGCCGAAUAGGCUGCUAGGAUGACUGCAUGGUAGCGAAGGUGUACCCCGACUUGGUUGGCGAGGUGAUGGAGAAGUCGGGAAAAGAAAUGGUUGGGAGACGCACGCUUGGGACUCAAUUGACCGGCGUUAUUCUUCCGGUCAUAUCUUCGGACGAGUCCCCAGUGGCGCCUACGCUUGACCAGAGCAUGGGGGAGGUGGGGUGGGGUGGGGAGAAGGGAGAUGAGGGAGAGGAGGAGGACGAGGAGGGGG